AAGGAAAACAUGGCGGACGUGGAAGCAACGAAGGCUUUGAGCGGACUGUUGAACGGAAUCGCUCAGAAAGUUUAUUACAACAACAGAGAAAUCACAGAGGAACUGCUGAAGAACGAGCUGUACCCUGAGCUGCCGCAGGAAGAGUUCAAGGCUCUGCAUGAGAAGAUGAAAGGCCUCCUGAAGUCCAUCGCGGCGGCGGACAUGGACCACGCCCAGCUGGAGGCCUUCCUCACCGCCCAGACCAGGAGGCAGGGCGGCGGCGGGGUGACCGCCGAGCAGGCCGCCGCCCUCUCUCGCUUCUGGAAGAGCCAGCGAGUCCGUGUGAGGGAGAGCUUGUUGGCUCAGAGCCGCUGGGAGCCCGGCCUCAGGGGCCUCUCCUGGAGGGUGGACCUGCAGACCGGAGCCAGCCGGGGGGACGCAGCCCACGCCGGCCCGGUCGCCCUGAUGGAGCUGGAGCUGGGCCGAGCCGGACAGGACUCAGAGUUUGUUUGUCUGGAGUUCGAUGAGACCAAAGUGAACCAGGUGCUGAAGAAGAUGUCUGAUAUCCAGGAGAGCAUCGACAGGGUCGUUCACCGCACGUAAACAACCGAGAGGAACGGAGAGACGCCGUCUGAAGCUGCAGAUCUGUGAUCCCACAUGGUUUCUGCUCCUUCAGACAGACUCAGAAAGGACAAACUGUACAAGAUACAUGAGCAUCAUUUCAAAGAAGAGUGAGUAAAUUCCUUUGUGUUCCAGCUGCAGAAACGACUCUCAGCAGAGUGAAGAUCUCAACCAGAGUGAGACUUGUUUCUUGCCUGGAAAUGCCUGUUUGUUUUUUGUGCAAACCUUGCAGCCCUACCGGCCGGUUCAGAGAAACGAGGAGUCAGCAGUCAGUGACGAAACAAAACUGCCAAUAAAGUCGUUUUUUUCUUGAGAAUAAAGUCAUAAAUGUGCACAAAAACUAUGAGGCUGUUUGGUCCAUUAAUAUGAGAGAAGACAAUACAAUAAGAAUGAAACUAUUAAUGAAAAUAAAUAUGUGGAAAAAAAGCAUUUGUGACACGUGUGGGCACUCUGAAAAGUGUUUAUAUAUAAAUUCAGUUUUAUUCCAAAUUUUUAAAAUUAUUUAUCAGAUAAAUUAAGGUUAUUUUUCUGAUUUCUGUCAUUCUAACUAAGUUAUUCUGCACUAAGACAUGUUUGACUUGUUCUGAUUGUGCUGAUUCCAUAGAGUUCAUAUAUAGAUUUCACGUCUUUUUUAGUGAUUUUAUGUCUUUUUAAUCAAUUUGUGUCUUUUUUUUAAAUCAAUUUAUGUCUUUUUUUGGACAAUUUACAUCUUUUUGUUAUUUUGUGUCUUUUUUUGUCAACUUGUCUUUUUACGUCUUCUUUGGUCGCAUUCAUGACACUUGUCCGCACUUGGAAAAUAUUUUAUAUAUACAUUUUAUUCUGAAACUGCUCGAGGUUUAGAGGGUUCAUGUUCGCUAAUUAUUGUGAUAAACUGGUUAUGAAAUUUUCCUCCACACA